AUGGAUGGCCCCGGAAUGAGUUUGUUUCAAGGUGCAGCGAGUAUCCACAUAAACAAUAGUGCUCAAGACAGACUAGAGGAACAGGAGGAACUGGAAGACCAGAAACGAAGGAAUGAGGAGUUGAAACAUAAGUUGGCUAAUGCCUUCGAUGACCUGUUGGACGACGAUGAGGCUAGCUCAGUCAACAGUAGUGGCAACUAUACAUUGGAUCCAGCUCAAAGCAAUGGCGUCCAACAAACAAGGACGGGUUUGCCACCAACUUAUGUGGAGUCCCUAAACCACUUAAAAGAGAAUGAACAUGGUUCAGAAUCACCCAAGUUGUACUGUGAGACUCCCAAAAACCAUGUUGGUCACAUGAGACAUCAGGAGGAAGCUUUAAAAGCACAAUUUAGUCCCUAUGGCGCUGGUGAUGGUCAAAACCAUUAUUUCCAACAAGAAUUUAGAGGUCACAUGAAUGGUAUAAACAACUGUGACAGACAAGAAUACAUGAACAAUGAACAACUUAAAGUUAUGUAUGAUAUCCGAGUAAAAGAAUGUCAGCAGUUAGCUGGGCAGUUGCAGAAGCUGGACACUGAGAUAGACAGCUUACGAGCUCGUCUCGCUGCCGCCAUCAAUGACAGAGACAAGGUUGAGUUGUCACUUCAGGAAGCUCAUCAUUUGCUUGCAUCAAGUAAGCACAAAAUUAUUGAGCUGGAGCAAAAAGUAACAGCCCUGACUGAGAAGUUAGUAGAAAGUGACCAGGAGAAGGAUCAGCUCAAAUUGGAACUCCGCUCAGCUAAUAUCAGCCUACAGGAUGUACAGCAAAGACUUCAUACUCUUCAGGUGGCCCACACACAUGAUACUGAUGCUUUAUUCAGGGAACAGCAAGAUAGACAUCGUGAUGAAAUGGAAAGAUUACAAAACGAUUUGACUAAAGCUAAAAAUAGACUUGACGAAAAAGACAACGAAAUAAAGACACUAGAACGACGAUGUAUGGAGAAAGACAGGGAGAAGGAAGACAUUUUGAUAGAAAAAGGCGCCACUAUAAACAGAUUAGCCAGUGAACUAGAGGCUGCACAGAGUAGACUUGUGAAUGGAGAGACCACAAAGCUUAAAGAAAAAGUGUCUCAACUAACUACUGAAAGAAAUGCAGCUAGAGAACAAGUGAAGGAGAUGGGAUCUAAGCUAGAGUUGACGGCACAUGAGUUAGUUCUAUACAGAAACAAACUAGCUGGCACACAGAAGGAAUAUGAACACUGGAGAACAACACUACACCAGAUUCUAAUGGAGUCUUUACCUGAAAACACUUAUAUUGGUGAACCACCUUCUCCAGGAAAAUUGUCGACUCUCAAAGAAGUUUUGAGCAGAUACAAAAUACAGAUGCAAAAGUUAUCGACAUUACAGGAAGAAAUUAGUAAAAGGGAUAAAAAGAUAGAACAGCAUCGCAAACAAGAAUUGGAUCUUCGGGCGAAAUUCGAAGAGCAGAAAGGUCUAGAGAUGCAGCUCAACUCUCGUAUGGCAGUGUUACAGAACAAGCUCGAGUUACUCGGCAGUAACUCUGACAGUGAACUGCUUGAGAACUAUAAACAGCAGAAUGAAAGUCUACAAGCUGAACUAGAGGAAGUUAGGAGUGAAUUGAAAAAUUUGGAUCUCAAACACACUCAACUAGAAUUAGACUACGAGAAGCUCAAAUCAGAAAAAGGCAGCCGCGCGUCUAUCGUGCAAGAAGCGAAUGCGGAUUUGUUGCGCGAACUGGAACGUUAUAGCUGCCAGCUCAAAGACACGCUCAAAGAGAAUGGGGAGUUGAAAACUUUAUAUCUACAGGCAUGUAGCUCUCGCGACACAGUAUCAAGGGAACUAAAAGACUUGCAAUCAAAAAUACAAAAAGAGAAGGAACUCUACAAAUCACAAGAGAUGGACUAUGUAGAGAGAAUGGAGAAGCAGAAGCAGCACAUAGAGAAGUUGAUGGCAGAGUUGAACAACUGUAAAGAGGAGUUGGAUAGAGCCAACAAGAGAAUAUCGGAGUUGCAGAGGGAGUUCACUGAUAAACAGAGAGAGUUUACUGAGAAACUUGAUAAAUACUUACAAGAUGAAAAGUCAGCCAUGCGAAAAGAGAGGGAGCCGUGUGCGCACUGUGAGAAGCAUGUGAAACAUAUCAAGUAUUUAGAUGAUCAGCUCAGCAAAUGUACUAUACGGUUGGCGUCUCAAGAAAGCAACGAAACAUUAAUGAAGGAGUUAAAAGGCAAGGCGGAGUUCUUCCAGCAGUAUAUAAUAGACCGGUUCAACAAGCUACGGGAGCAGCGCAGUAUUGGUACUAACACGGAGGAGCGGCCGACUAGUCCGCGCUCGCAGGCCUCGGAACAUUCUAGCAUUGAACAACUGGUGCAGGAUUGUGAUGAUGCUAUGGCUGCUAAGACCGCCCUGAUGAUGAAAGAGAAAGCAAUAAGAGACCAAAUAGCUGAAAAGUUUACACUAGAAAUGAAAACAGUAGAGAUGAACUGCGCGAGACGUAUUAAAGAAAUUGAGAACGAACACAUUGAAACAGUUGGCAAAAUAAAAGAACUGCUUGAGAGAAAAGCGAAGGAGGUUGAAGCGUUAAAAGAGUUUAUACUCGCAGAGAGGGCUAAAGUCACACAGAUACUGGAAUCUAAAGAAAGUGAGAUUUCAGAACUCAUCAAAGAACAUAAUGAACUACAAAAUGAAUGUCAGAAAGCUAAGGACACUAUCUUGGAUUGGAAACAGAAAGCAGAGAGGUACAAGGAAAGAGCGUCACGACUCGGUUCUUUAGAAGACGUUCUAAAGCAUGAACGAGAAGAUUUCAAACAGCGAAGCAGUUCUACGAGUAAAGAAUGCACGGCGAUGAAAACGAAAAUCGCAGAAUUGCAAACGAAAAUAGCUCAAUUAGAACAGAAAUAUGAGAAGCUGCAAGCUGAACAUAAAGUUAUACAAGACAAGUACAAGAAUGCUAAGAAAACUAUUUUUACUUAUAAGGAUUAUGUAACGAAAAAGGAUGCUCACGUGAACAAUGAAAUGAAUAGAAUACAAGACGAGUACAGGAAGAUAUUCAUAAAGCUGCAGAGUCAGUUGAAUUAUCACAUCAACUGUAGGCUGCAGGAAGAGAGGAAGGGAAAACAAGCGCAGGCGCACAACUCGCAACAAACCGAUUAUACUGAUAGAAUAAACAAACUCAACGAUGAUUUCACGCGACUCACACAGUCCAACUUUAUGGACGGACCAGACUUCAAGUGA